AUGAUUUGUUAUCGUUGUGGUGAUGCUUCUCACAAAGUCAGCAAGUGUAAGCUUGAAAAAGGCUGUAUUUGUGCUGAUAACAUCAUGACUCGAAAUAAGAAAUGGAUCAAAAAGGGAAACUUGGGUACAAAACAUAUUUGGUAUUUAGAUGGUCGUUUCCCAAGGCAUAUGACAUGGUCCAAGUCUCUUCUGGAAGACAUUGUAAAAAAGGAUGGUCCAACUAUUACAUACGGACAUAAUGGAAAGGGAGCUACAAAAGGGUUUGGAACUAUCAAAGGCAACUCUAUUUUAUUAAAGAAUAUGUCAUACGUCAAAGGUAUUCAACACAAUCUCAUAUCUAUCAACCAAUUAUGUCACGCUGAUUAUGAAGUCUAUUUUAACAAGAAGGAAGGAAAAGUGAUUAAUCAAAAGAAUAAAGGCCAUGCUGCUGAUGAUAUCAUCUCUCUCAUUAAGCAAUGGGAAGUUCUUUAUGACCAUAAAGUCAAGCAAUUACAUAGUGAUCAUGGAACUAAUUUAAGUUGGGCGAUGGUUGUUGAGGUUGGUCUUCCUUUAUCUUUCUGGGAUGAAGCUGUGAACAUAACAUGUUACACUCAAAACCGUUCCAUCAUUGUGAAGUGUCAUGGGAAAACUACCUAUGAGCUACUUAAAGGGAGAAAACCUGACAUCUCCUAUUUUCAUGUGUUUGGAUGUGUGUGUUAUAAUCUGAAUCAGAGGGAUCAACAUUCAAAUUUUGAAGCUAAAUUUGAUGGAGUGUUUUUGGGAUACUCUAGUGUGUCUAAGGGCUUCAAGGUGUUCAAUCUUUUAAAGAAAACUAUUGAGGAGACUACUCGUUUCACGUUCAUUGAAGACUCGUUCAUUCAUGAUAGGAUAGAUCAUCCUUCUUCCAUUUUAAGUGAACUUACUUCAAGCUAA